AUGUUCCUAGACUUCUUGCGUACCUCAAUUUGGUCAAAUACUCCCGUCUUCCGCGGCUCGCUCCAUCCCGGCCCCAAACUCCCCUCUCGUGGGCACUGCCAACUUGGGAGAUCAGAUCCCCGGGUAAGAACCUCGGCCCGCCAUAUUGAGACGACCAGCACCGCAGUUGGGCUUGAGAUAGGACAUCUGUGGUGGAAACAUCACACGCGCACACUCAACUGUUACUGCGUACGGAUACUGCGCCUGUCCGUGCCUCCUCACCGCACGCAGCAGGACCUGACACGGCCAACCGCCAGAGGCACCGGUAUCGCGGUUUUCGUCCUCCGUGGAUGGCACAUAGCUUGGCUCCAGGGCCCAUGUGCACUACCUACCUACUACCCCAUUGUACACUACCGCGUAAGUACAGCGGCGUCGAUUCGGGGUCCAGAUGCACUCUUUGAUCUUGCAGUGAUUAGGAAGAAAAUGGGCCACCAGUCCACGAGCAUAAGUACGGAUACACAAGACGGGCCACUGUCGACCAUGGAGUGA